AUGUCGUCCGCCUCGGGUUUCGCAAAGAACAGGCGGGUCUACCUCCUCACGGCGGUGGCCUACCUUGGCUCGUUGCUGUUUGGCUAUGAUACCGGCGUCAUGGGAUCCGUCCUCUCCCUGAACUCGUUCAAAAAGGAUUUCGGUCUCCCUCUUGGCAGCACAGGGUUUGCCUCCGCGAAGAACGCCGAGAUCUCGUCCAAUGUCGUCUCGCUCCUGACCGCUGGCUGCUUUUUCGGUGCCAUUGCCGCAUCCUUCAUCAACGAGCAGUUCGGCCGCAAGCCGACGCUCAUGGCCUUCUGCUCCAUCUUUCUCGUUGGUGCGGCAAUACAGACCGGCGCACACACUCAGAUCGGCUUGAUCUACGGCGGUCGUGUCAUCGCAGGUCUUGGCGUUGGUGGCAUGAGCGCUGUCAUGUCUGUCUUCGUCUCCGAGAAUGCUCCAGCCAGGCAACGUGGCCGGAUUGCUGGUCUGUUCCAGGAAUUCCUCGUUAUUGGCUCAACAUUCGCUUACUGGCUCGACUACGGCGUUGCGCUCCACAUCAAGCCGAGCACGAAGCAAUGGCGCAUCCCAGUGGGCGUUCAGCUCAUUCCGGGUGGCCUCAUGCUUAUUGGACUAUUCUUCCUCAAGGAGUCGCCCAGAUGGUUGACCAAGAAGGGCAAGCACCAGGCUGCCGCCAACAGCUUAGCAUGGUCUCGCUGCGCCACCAUUGAAAGCCCGGAGGUUCUGGAGGAACUGGCGGAGAUCCGUGCGUCUAUCGAAGAGGAAAUGAACGCCACUGAGGGUCUCACUUGGAAGGAGUGUCUGCAGCCAAGCAGCCGUCGCCGUUUCCUGCUUGCCUUUGUCAUCAUGAUGUGCCAGCAGUUCAGCGGAACCAACAGCAUUGGUUACUACGCUCCUCAAAUAUUCCAGACCGUUGGCGUCAGCAAGACCAAUGCCUCCCUCUUCGCCACUGGCGUCUACGGCACCGUGAAGAUCAUCGCUACCGGCAUCUUCCUGCUCGUCGGUAUUGAUCAGGCUGGUCGCAAGAAGAGUUUGAUGGCUGGUGCCCUCUGGAUGUCCGCCAUGAUGUUCAUCAUUGGCGCCGUACUAGCGACACACCCGCCCAACACCAAGAUUCCCGGUGUCAGCCACGCCUCCAUCGCUAUGGUGGUCAUGAUCUAUCUAUACGUUAUCGGCUAUUCAGCCUCUUGGGGACCAGUCCCGUGGGUGUUCGUCUCGGAGAUCUUCCCAACCAGGUUGAGGGCUUACGGUGUCGGUCUUGCUGCGACGACACAAUGGCUCUUCAACUUCGUCAUCACGAAGAUUACGCCUAUCGCUGUUGCUGACAUCGGCUGGAGGACCUUCCUCAUGUUCGCCAUCUUCUGCCUCGCCAACUUCUUCUUCGUCUUCUUCUUCGUCCCUGAGACGAAACGGAUGACGCUCGAGGAAAUCGACAUCCUCUUCGGCAAUGUCGACGCCGUGCAGAGAGCUCAUGAUGUGCAGACUGCGCUGGCAGUAGAGAAGAAGGAGCUCGAGCUUGAGCAGCGCGAAGACGCUUCGGUUGUACACGAGACUACCAAGACGUGA